AUGUCGGCAGCUCCCCCGGCGCCCCUCCUCCGCCCUGCCAUACCCGGCUCACGCCCCGGCGGUCGUGCACCCCGACUAGGACUCGCUAUUCCCCCAUCUCCUAAUGUAAAGCCCGUUGGUAAUGCGGGCGGGCCUCCUGGCCGUCCCGCUCUGCCUACGCUCCACCUAGCAACGCCCAUGGGAAGCACCGUGGUGCCGCAAGAACAACCUAUCAAGACGCUGAGCCAACAAAGUGCUAGCGGCGGGAGCGAAAGCAGCGCUGCUCACAGCAGAAGCGGGAGCUUCGGCCCCCUAGAUGGCCGUGCCAGCAAUCCCACUAGCGCGGGGUCGCAAUUUAGCGCUCUCUCCUUUGCAAGUCAAUACGGUAUCGGAUCGACAAGACAAACAGGCACUUCGGAUCCCGUAUCGGCCGUAGGGUCACUGUAUUCGAAUGCGAGCGAGGGAGUUGGGAUGGAGCGUGAGGGCAGCUUGCACGGGCUAGAGUCUUUCGAUAAGCUCGCUCUCGAGAAGGCGAGGACAUCGGAUGUUGAAGAUCUAGACGACGAGGGCUGGAGGAUCGUGAGCAUGGAAAAAAGGAUUAUAGAGCUCGGAAGCCUGGGCGAGGGUGCGGGAGGUGCUGUGACGAAGUGCAAACUGAAGGGGGGCAAUACCGUGUUUGCCCUGAAGGUGAUUACAACAAAUCCCGACCCAGACGUCAAGCGGCAAAUAUUUCGCGAACUAGGCUUCAACAAAGGGUGUGCCUCAGAACAUAUCUGCCGAUACUACGGUGCCUUCCCGGACCCCUCCACAGCCACCAUCUCUAUCGCCAUGGAGUUCUGCGAGGGUGGCUCGCUGGACAGCAUCUAUAAGGAAGUCAAGCGCCUUGGUGGACGGACGGGCGAGAAAGUCUUGGGGAAGAUCUCAGAAGGUGUUCUCCGCGGCUUGACAUACUUGCACGGCAAGAAGAUCAUUCACCGCGACAUCAAGCCCAGUAAUAUCCUUCUCUGCCGCAACGGUGAGGUGAAGCUCUGCGACUUCGGUGUGUCGGGCGAAUUCGGCACUAAAGGCGACGCCAAUACCUUCAUCGGCACCAGCUAUUACAUGGCGCCAGAACGUAUCACUGGCCAGUCCUACACUAUUACAUCCGAUGUCUGGUCAACCGGCGUUACGCUACUCGAGGUUGCUCAGCAUCGCUUCCCGUUCCCGGCUGACGGCACAGAGAUGCAGCCUCGGGCUGGUCUCAUCGACCUCCUAACCUAUAUUGUCCGCCAACCCAUUCCCACGCUCAAGGACGAGCCAGAAGCCAACAUUUUUUGGUCUGACUCGUUCAAGUAUUUCAUCGAGUGCUGCCUCGAAAAGGAUCCUAACCGCCGAGCCACCCCUUGGCGUAUGCUAGAGCAUCCCUGGAUGUUGGAGAUGCGCUCCAAGCGUGUCAAUAUGGCCCGGUACCUCUCGCAGGUAUGGGGUUGGGACGAGCAGGAACCGCAGGCCCAGAAUCCACCACAGAAGGCAUAG